AUUUGGAUUCAGAAAAUCCAGGAAGGAACCAAUGUUACGCGAGGUAGGUUUCAUUUCUCAUCAAAUUAAAUAAUAAUUUGGCGAACGAAUCCGCAGAGGCAAAGGGAAAAGCCCUCGCUGAGAACCAAACCGGAAGGAAGGCCUCACAUUUUUACGAAGGCCUAAAUUGCAAUUCAAUCGAAAAUUCCAAAAUCAUUCGGUAGUCGGGAUUUCAGAGCCAUCAAUUUAAUCGAGAAACCAAGAAGAAGACUGGAAUGGCUGAGAAGAAAGAGAUCUUGCCUCCCAAAUUCGACUUGGAUGCCAAAUGGGACGCCUGUCUCGAUCUGACCCUUCGCCGCUUCGUCUACUCCUCCUUGGCCGGCGCCUUCGGUGGCCUUCUCCUCUUCAGGACUCCUGUUACUCGCUGGGCAUCUGUAGCUUUUGGUGCUGGAGUAGGCAUUGGAUCUGCAUACACGGACUGUUCUCGUUUAUUUGAUGGCACUCCGCCAAAGUUGAUAGCUUCUAAGAGCACAGAGACUCCUGUUUUUCAGGAAGCUGGGAAUGAGAACUGAUUCACUUGAAGCGAAGGUACUCCCAAUUUGGCUGGGAAAAUCAGAACUUGAUGGAUAUUGCUUUGUGGUUUUUGAACAACAUCGUUCUUGACGGAGAAACGUAAUCCGGUGGUAGUUGGGAUCCUGGCUUGUUUUGUUGUGUUGUGUAAUCCUAUUUUAUGGGGGAUGGAGAUUUGGAGUUUUGUUUUGGAGAAGAAUAGGAAAAAGGAACUUGUAUUUUCACCCAUGUGAUGUGAGAACUUUCGGUUUUCACUUCUUUAUAAUUAAUCUGGGUACUGAAAUCAUGAAUUGAGUCGCGUCUUAA